CGCCUCUCCACUUUUGACAAUAUCACCCUACCAAGCAAGCCACCCUGCAUCAAUAUAUAUUCAACACCCUUACUUGACCAUGUGUGCAGGCAAGCAGUACACCAAACUCGACUCGGUCGUCUACGAGAAUGGCAAAAAAGAUGGCGGUGCCGGCCACAUCGUCACCAUGUAUGAGAAUAACCGCUGUGGCCUGCGCGUUGUCCUCUGCAAAAUUCCUGGGGCAAUGUGUUCGCUGGAGAUAAUCGUACCGACGCUGGCCACCGACGACAAGGGCACCGCACAUGCACUUGAGCACCUGGUUCUGCGUGGCUCCAAGCACUACCCCCACUGCGGCUACCUAACGGCAUUCAUGCAGCGCAACUAUUGUGCCGGUCGCAAUGGAAUGACUUGUGCCGACCACACCGUCUAUGUUGCCAGUGCAAUCAGUGAAAAGGCCAUUGGCAGGCUUUUGCCUGUAUAUCUCGACCAUGUUAUCAACCCACUGCUUGACCCGCAGCAGCUGCCCACGCAGGUCUAUCAGAUUAAUGACCAGGGCCAUGAAGGCGGCGUUGUGUACAACGAAAUGCUCUCCAGAGAAGACAAGCCUGAUGAUAUUGUUAUUCACACGAUGCUAAAGAAGCUAUAUCCUGACCACUCGCCUUACGCCCACUAUCCAGGUGGAUAUACUGGACUCCUUUCCACCAUUACUCACAAAGAGAUAGUAGACUUCCAUUCCGAGUUUUACGAUCCUUGCAACAUUACAGUGGUCAUUGCUGGCAGUGUCACAGAGGAGCACAUCAUCAGCGAGGUGCUGGAAAAGAUUCCCCCUGAUAGGUUUACAACUCAGUGCAAGAGUACCUGGGGACGUCACUGCCUCCAGCAUCGGGGGAAAUCGCCCCGUUCACUCAAGUAGCGUAUGCGGCAGGUGACGAUGCCCAGGGCCAGGUGUACUACGGCUGGAGAGGCCCACAGUUCGAGGAUGAGCUUCACUGCAACGCCUACAAUGUGCUUGGAGAGUAUUUGACUCAGAGGGGAUCUGGCCCACUGAGUACGCGACUUGCUGGAGGCACAAAUCCAGUAGCUGCA